AUGCCCAUCGCCACGGCCAUCGACAUUAAGCCCCUGCACCCGACCUUCGGGUGCGAGGUGAGCGGCCUCGACUUGUCCAAGCCACUGUCUGACGAUGCAUUCGACGAACUACGGGACGCCGUCUACAAGUACGGCGUGGUGGUGAUCCGCAAGACGGCGCUGGACGACCAAAGGGCGCUGGCGCUGGGGCGGUGCUUUGGCGAACUCGACAGCUCCAAGCCGCACCGCCUGGCCGGACGUAAAUUUCGGCUGAAUAUCGAUGAAAUCUUCGACGUCGGCAACCUCGACGACAAGGAUCAAGUCUUCACGACGGCCGACCCAGAAAGGACCGCCGGGGCAAACGGCAACGCCCUGUUCCACUGCGAUGGGGCGUACAACCCGCGUCGGAUCGGCAUCUCGAUCCUUCGCGGCGUCGAGCUCCCCCCGAAGGGAACAGGAGGAGAGACGGAGUUUCUCGACAGUCGCGCGGCGUACGACGACCUCCCGGAGGCGACAAAGGCCAAGAUCCACGGUCUUGUUGGAGGUAACUCACUAUUCCACAACCGCAAGACCGCGAAUCCAGAUUCUCCUCUGUUCAAGGACAUCGACCCCAUGACGAAACCGCAGGCGAAGCACAAACUGGCGCAGCUACACGAACCCUCGGGCCGGAUGAACCUCUACUGCAUGUCAUACACGCACCACGUCGACGGCCAGCCGCUGGAAGAAGGGCAGGAAUUGAUUCGUGAGAUCUUCAACCACUGCCAGCAAGACAAGUACAAACUGACCGUACACUGGGAGAAUAACAACGACGUGGUCAUCUGGGACAACACCGCGACCAUUCACAGGGCUACGCACGGCGCUUACGAGGGCAAGUACCGCCGCGACAUGAGGAGGGUGUCGGUCUUCGACACGGGGUCGCAGGCGUAUGGGGAGAAUGACCCGUCCACAUUCUGGCAGCAGGGUCUGCCGUAG